CUGGCGCGAGUCAAACUGGACUCAAAUGCCGAGCGGGGAACAUUAAAUCCUCAAUUUUCCAACGUGUGUCGUCCAUUCAGCAUCGUUCAACUGCUUAGUUCGCUCAACUCGUAACCGCGCAGCUUUCAAUCACAGUCAUCAGUUGAUAGCGAAAAAAUUGAAACGUUUCCAUUCCGAUUUCGAAUCGAUUCGACUUGGGACGGCUCCAAGCCUGGCUUCAAUUAAAGUUGAUCGCGCAUCCGUUGUGAGUGCAUCAAAUUUCGCGCCAUCGAUUUAAUUUUUUUUUCGAUUUUGUCGACUUUAAGUGGAAGGAGUUGUACCAAUCUAUCGCCGGUUUUCUUCCUUGUUUUCCCGGAUAAGAAGGAUUGUUGGUGGAAUUUAAAUUUCGGUGCACCUUGUUCAGUUCGUGAAUAGUUUAAAACCCUUUGACACGAUUUGAAAAUAGAAAACAAAUCCAGAAAUGUAAACUAUUCGCCUGAUUCUUGCGAUUCAAACUGAAUAAUCGAUAUCGAGUGUAAAUAGUAGAAUAUUUCGGUUGAGAAGAAAAGUAAAGUCAAAAUAUAUUGUUUAAGUGCAACCACAACUAAGGAAUUCCCAUAAGUAAUAAAUUUUGUGAUUUGCUUCCUACUUCUGUAAUAUACUCGCCAACAACUCGAACAACGACAAGAAAACAACAUCUUGCUGCAUUUCUGCUCCAUCACACUUUUAUCAGCGUCCAGUAGUUUAAAUUCAAGAAAACAACAAUGACAGCCGGUUCAGGUUACAAAAACGAUGCUUACGAUGGCGAUGAGCCAGUUAAGCCCCCAAAGAGCACAGAGGAUACAGUCUCAAUUCGAGAAAAAGUCAAACUAUCACGGAACGAAAAAUGGAGAAUCCUAAAGAAUAUUAUGAUAAUCUCAUUCGCAUUUAUGGUACAAUUCACAGCUUUCCAGGGUACAGCUAAUCUACAAUCUUCAAUUAAUGCUGAAGAUGGAUUGGGAACAAUAUCACUUAGUGCAAUUUAUGCUUCAUUAGUUUUAUCUUGUAUCUUCCUUCCUACAUUAAUUAUUCGACGAUUGACUGUGAAAUGGACAUUAGUACUUAGUAUGUUAUGUUAUGCUCCAUACAUUGGAUUCCAGUUAUUCCCAAAAUUCUUUACAUUAGUACCUGCUGGUAUUCUAGUCGGUUUAGGUGCUGCUCCUAUGUGGGCAUCAAAGGCCACGUAUUUAACACAAGUGGGUCAAGUCUAUGCCAAAAUCACAGAACAAGCUGUUGAUGCUAUUAUUGUCCGAUUCUUUGGAUUCUUCUUCUUAGCAUGGCAAACAGCCGAAUUGUGGGGAAAUUUGAUCUCAAGUUUGGUAAUCUCAAGUGGUGAUGAAGGUGGUGAUAACUCAACAGUCAAUGAAGCCAGUUUGGCAAGCUGCGGCGCCAAUUUCUGUGCAGUCGGUGCAGGAGGACAUGGCAAUCUUGGACGACCACCAUAUUCCGAAAUUUUCGAAAUCACAAUCAUUUACUUGGCUUGUAUUUUUGCUGCUGUGCUCAUCAUUGCCAUGCUGUUGGAUCCCCUAUCAAGGUAUGGUGAAAAGCGAAAGGGUUCUCAAUCAGCUCAAGAGCUUUCUGGAAUGGAAUUGCUUAUGGCUACAUUCAAACAAAUGAAGAAACCAAAUCAGCAACUCCUCAUUCCUAUUACCAUAUGGAUUGGUAUGGAGCAAGCGUUCAUUGGUGCCGAUUUCACGCAGGCAUAUGUAGGAUGUGCACUUGGUGUUCAUCAUAUUGGUUUUGUAAUGAUCUGUUUUGGAGUUGUAAAUGCUAUCUGCUCCAUUCUGUUUGGUUCUGUCAUGAAGUACAUUGGCAGGAUUCCCAUUUUGGCUCUCGGAGCUAUUGUCCAUGGCGCCAUUGUUAUUGUUAUGUUAUUCUGGAUGCCCUCACCAAAAAGCCCACUAAUCUUCUUCGCCAUGUCCGGACUCUGGGGUGUUGGCGAUGCUGUAUGGCAAACACAAAUUAACGGUCUGUAUGGUUUGCUUUUCCGCCGGAACAAAGAAGCCGCCUUCUCCAACUACCGUCUCUGGGAGUCAGCCGGUUUUGUUAUUGCUUAUGCUUAUGCAACAACACUUUGUGCCCGAAUGAAGUUGUACAUCCUCAUCUGUAUUCUCAGUCUUGGUGUUCUAGGAUACAUCAUUGUUGAAAUCAGAUACAGAGCUAAGCAACGACGACUCAAAGCCUUGGAAGAAGAUCCCAAGAAACAAAUUGAAGAACAAGCCAGAAACGUUGUUGAAGAAACCGACGACGAAAAGGAUGACUUGGAAGAAGAUAUUGUUGUUACACACCUCUAAAAGUCACAUUCUCCAACCUACAUCAUUAUUAAUAUUCUAUUUCGAAUAUAAAUUUAGGCAAAGAGCAAUCUUAGCAUCUUAAGACAAAUCAAACGCGCACUCAGACGAGAUAUUAGAAAGAGAGAGAUUAGAAAGAUACAAAAAAAAACAAAACCAGAAUCAAAAUAUUUAAAUAUACAAAUAAAAAUGGAAAAAGGAAAUUAGGGAAUAAUGAACAUACCAACAAUAAGAAAAAAACAUCAAAUUGUGCCUUAAAAACAACAAU